UUUCUAUUUUUUGCUUUUGAAAACGGCCGAUUUUCACAGCAAAAUUUUGAAAAAUAGACUCAUUUUGGCUUGAACUGCUUCAAACGAAACGCAGCCCUAAAAUCAUUGGAGCGUGAAAAAGAAAAUGGCGCCACUGAAGUCUCUGGAGGAGCUUUACCCAUUCAUAGACUCUAAUUUCCUAACCUUUUGUGCUUCACACGGCAUUUUCACUGUGGAGGAUUUCCUCAUCCAUGAUCUAUACGUUUUAGCUGCUUUUGCAGAACAACAGCCUGCAUCAGAGAAAUUGAAGCAGGUGAAACCUUCCUUACACUUUCCAUUCUCUUGUUUAUCAUUCACUGUACUCAACUUCUCUAUAUCUUAUAUGUGUACACAGGGAAUUACCCAAAUCCUUUCAAUAAUUGAUGUUACUGAACGACAACCAUGGUUGAACGGUUUGGAGCUCUUGGAAGAUGCUCGAGAAAAUAAGCAUAUUCUGUCUAUUGGUUUUGAAAGGGUUGAUGUUUUGCUUGGAGGUGGGCUACGCGAGGGACAAUUGACUGAGAUUGUUGGGCCCUCGUCUUCUGGUAAAACUCAGGUUUGUCUGCGAGCUGCUUCAAAUGUGGCAAAGAACUACAAUGCUGAGGUUUUCUACGUGGACACAGGGAAUUCCUUUUCACCCCAACGCAUCUCAGGCUUUGUUAAUUGGAAGCCCGGAACUGCUUUAGAUUGGAGUGAACAGAGCAUGCUUCAGCAAGUAAUGAGCAGUAUUUCAUGUCACUCUGUGUUUGACAUUUUUGCGCUGUUCGAUGUCUUGCAUCGGUUGGAAUUCAAUUUGAGAUCCCAGACGUGCAAAGGGGAUCGAAGAGUGCAGUUCCUGAUUAUAGAUUCAAUUUCUUCGCUAAUUACACCCAUCCUCGGUGGAAGUAGUUCACAGGGACACGCUUUGAUGAUAUCUGCUGGAACUCUACUGAAGAAAAUAGCUCAUGAACAUAAUAUAGCUGUAUUGGUAACAAAUCACACUGUGGGUGGAGAUAGAGGCACUUCAAAACCUGCCCUAGGAGAGAGUUGGAAGAGUGUUCCACACGUGAGGCUUCAGCUUUCCCGAGAUGCAGGAAGCAAUGUCUACCAAGCUUCAAUAUUAAAGCACUCGUCCAUGGCAUCUGGUACGGCUGCAAGAUUCGUAAUGUAUGAAUGAAAGGAAGGAACUCCUUGUACUUUGAACAAGAAAAUGGCAACUUCAAUUUUGAUUCUUAGUGAAGUGUGAAGGUCAGUACAAUUACUGCAACCUUGCUAGCUUUGCUUGUUGCUUUAUCUGUAAACUAUCUUGAUGAGUAAAAGAGUUCUGUACACAAUGAUGAUGAAUUUAAAUAUUAAUUUGCAAUAUAGUUCUUGCUUAUUUCUA